AUGUCCGAACCGGAGCACCUGGGCGGGAAGCGGGCCGAGUCGGCGCGGCUGCGGCGGGCCGAGCAGCUGCGGCGGUGGAAGGGCUCCCUGACCGAGCAGGAGCCGGUGGCGGCGGGGGGCGGCCGCGGCCGGCACCGUGGCGCGGGGGGGUCCCGCGUCCGCUUCGAGGAGGGCGCCGUGUUCCUGGCCGCCUGCUCCAGCGGCGACACCGAGGAGGUGAAGAGGCUGCUGGGCCGCGGCGCCCGCAUCAACACCACCAAUGUGGACGGGCUGACAGCCCUGCACCAGGCCUGUAUUGAUGAGAACCUGGACAUGGUGAAGUUCUUGGUAGAAAAUGGAGCCAAUGUGAACCAGCAAGACAACGAGGGCUGGACCCCUCUUCAUGCAGUGGCGUCGUGUGGCUACCUGAACAUAGCAGAGUUCCUGAUCAGCCACGGGGCCAACGUGGCUGCUGUCAACAGCGAGGGGGAGGUCCCGUCCGACAUCGCCGAGGAGGCGGCCAUGAAGGACCUGCUUCUGGAGCAAGUCAAGAAACAAGGUGUAGACCUAGAGCUGUCAAGGAAAGAAGAGGAGCAGCAAAUGCUCCAGGAUGCCCGGCAGUGGCUGAACAGUGGGAAAAUUGAGGAUAUAAAGCAGCCUCGGACAGGAGCCACAGCUCUUCAUGUUGCUGCAGCCAAGGGCUAUUCUGAAGUCAUGAGGCUCCUGAUCCAGGCUGGAUUUAAUUUGAACGUCCAGGAUAAUGAUGGCUGGACUCCACUCCAUGCUGCUGCUCACUGGGGAGUGAAGGAAGCGUGUUCCAUCCUGGCUGAGGCUCUGUGUGACAUGGACAUCAGGAACAAGCUGGGCCAGACGCCCUUUGAUGUUGCUGACGAGGGACUUGUGGAGCAUUUAGAAAUGCUGCAGAAGAAGCAGACUGUGCUGCGAAGUGAGAAGGAGACAAGGAAUAAGCUGAUUGAAGCUGACAUGAAUGGGAAGCCUCAAAACAGAUUCUUCACCAACAAAGAGAAGAUUCUUUAUGAGGAAGACACAAUGAAGUCCGUGGAAACUGAGGAAGAGAACAAGGACUCAAGCAGUUCUAGUUCUGAAGAGGAAGAAGCUGAAGAUGAAGUUUCAGAAUCAGAUGCUGAAAAGGAGUCAGAGAGAAAGGAAGAGCCCUUUGCCAACCACUCCAGCCGUGAAUCCAGGCCCAGCAUCACUGAGCAAAUGCCACCACCUGAGCCAAACUCCUUCACUGCGUCUGCCAGAAGAUUCAGUUGGCUCAGCAAGUCAGAUGAGCAGAAGGAUGAAUCACCUUCAUCCUGGAGGCUGGGCCUGAGGAAGACUGGCAGCCACAACAUGUUGAGUGAAGUUGCUGCCACUCGUGAGGCACAGAGGGAUAAAACUUCUUCCAUCUAUCGCUCCUCGUCCAGCCCUCGGAUAUCUGCACUGUUGGACAACAAGGAAAAGGACAGAGAUAACAAGAGUUAUCUUGCCACCAUAGUCCCCAGAAGACUGAGCAGUACGAGUGAUAUAGAAGAAAAAGAAAACAGAGAAUCCGCAGUGAACCUGGUGAGGAGUGGCUCCUACACCCGGCAGCCCUGGAGAGAUGAGCCAAAGGGAAACGAAGCUCCCCACUCUGGUGCACCCACUACCUAUGUAUCCACCUACUUGAAAAGUGCUUCAUUUGGUAGAAGUAGUGACCUGAGCAGUCCCUACAUUUCAGCCAGUUGCAGUCCAUCUCUAGCUACCUCACCCACUGCCAUUGGCUCAUCUACCUCCCUGGGCACCCCGUGGCAAGCUGUCCCUUGCUGUCCCCCAUCUCUCGGUGUGAGCACUCCUGCUUCAGCCCGCCACAACACCAGAGCCCCUUUCAGGCAACAAACUGAUUCUGCUGUAGAGAAAAACGCAGAGGGCAGCUGUGGCAGCACCCCUCUAGGUGUAAUCACAAACCGUGCUGUGCUCGGCGCUGCCAACGGCACCGGGAAUGCCGGGGCUGCCUCCGCCCUGGGGAAGGAGCUCUCUGCUGAGGAGGCCAGGGAGCGCAGAAGGUCAUAUCUGACUCCAGUGCGGGAUGAGGAAGCAGAAUCCCUGAGGAAGGCACGAUCCAGACAGGCCCGGCAGACCCGCAGGUCUACCCAGGGCGUGACGCUGACGGAGCUGCAGGAGGCCGAGCGCACGUUCAGCCGCUCGCGCGCCGAGCGCCAGGCGCAGGAGCAGCACAGCGACACAGCCCAGGACAGCGGCGACAGGCCCGAGAGCCGCGGCCGCUGGGGCAGGAGCACAGAGGACGAGACCGUCUAUCGGCGACUGAGGGGCCCAGCCCAGCCUGACAAACCCACAACACCUGUGUCUCCUUCCACAGCAGCACCUCUGCUCUAUACAAGUUCAUACCUGACUCGAACAAAUAAAUAUCUAGGGCUGGACUCAGUGAAUCCAGCAGAUUUCAGAGCAGCAGCCACAGAGAUGGAGAAAAAUGAGUGUGAAGAUCAGGAUUCAGACGACAGAUCCCUGAACAAGCAGUCGAUCCGAGAGCGGCGACGACCAAAAGAGAGACGGAGAGGCACCGGCAUCAUCUUCUCAACACAGGAUGAUGAUGAUGAAGUUGAUGGAAAUGAAGAAGUGAAGGAAACUCGGCAUGAGAGACUUUCCAGGUUGGAAGCAGCUACAAACCCCAGCACGAGUGAGUCGUCCUACAGCGACCGUGCCUCCAGCCGCUCCAGUGCCUACAGCCGCAGGGAGAACCGGCUCGCCGCCCUCAGCAGCCGGCCAGAGGAGGAGAGCAACAGGGACUAUAAGAAAUUAUACGAGAGUGCCCUGUCUGAAAAUCAAAAGCUGAAGUCAAAGCUGCAAGAAGCCCAGCUUGAGCUGGCUGACAUCAAAGCAAAGUUGGAAAAAGCAACCCAGAAACAGGAGAAAACUUCUGACCGGUCCAGCAUGCUGGAGAUGGAGAAGAGGGAGAAGCGAGCCCUUGAGCGGAAACUCUCUGAAAUGGAGGAGGAAAUGAAGAUUUUGACAGAGCUGAAGUCGGACAACCAAAGGCUGAAGGAUGAGAACGGAGCCCUUAUUCGUGUCAUCAGCAAACUCUCCAAAUAGGAAUCCUGAGCAAAGGCAGGACAAGGAGGGGUGUCCUACACCAGCUGCCAACCCCACCACCGAGCCCUACCCUUUCCUUCCCGUCACGUACAGCAAGCGUUUCAGCCGUGGGAUCAAUGUCACACCUGCCUUGCCCUGCCCAUUGCUGUACAUUCCCUUUUCACCCCAAUUCCCCCCCAAAACACCCCCUGCCAUUUUUUUUUUUUUUUUAAUUUAUGCAUGUUGUGGUAUCUCGGACAUUUUAUUCAAGGGAGAAAUGUGAGGACUGGGUUUGAGCUGCCAAAACUUUUUCCAGAAGCUCAGUAUUUGGAUUUGGACUUUGACCUGGAGUGGGAAGCUCUUACUGUAAAAAGUGACAUCUGAAGAACUAGCCCAGCAUAUCCAGGCCCUUUCCAGGUGGGAAAUGUGAACAUGGGCUGGGACUCUGGGGAUGUACAUCAGCCCACUGAGACGUGGGACUGUGGUUCAAUGUGAUGCUUUUAAAGCCACCAGAGCUCAUGUUUGUCACAGGCUGAUGAGCUCUUUUGCAGAGACCUUCUCCUCUUGCCCCACUAGACUGAGUCUUCUAUUUAAGAUUUUGAACUUGUUCAGUAACAUCAGCGCUGACACUCGGUGUCAGACCCUCAUCCCUCACCCUCCCUUUACCCCUGGCUGAUCCUGUGUCAUGUUGUGUCCUUCCAGGGCUCCUGUCUCUGUGGUUGGGAGCAUCCAGCUGCCAACUGGACUCUUGUUCCUUGGGACAGGAUACAUCCCAGGCACUUGCUGAGCUUUCUGAAGGACAGAUUUGAACCCCUACAGGUCUUCUGCUGCUCCCACCUGUGUGUGAGCAUAAAUCACCUUCCAGGGAACUGUGCCCAUGCCAGAAGCCAGCCUCCCCUUCCCAACAGCCAUCUGGGACAUUCUCCUGCUGCCUCCCUGCAGGCAAAGCCCCAUAGCAGAGCCUGGUCUGGUACUUUGGGUCUCCCUGUUUGAUUUGAAGCAGGAUUUGUAGAGGGAGAAUGGCAGCAUCCUGUCCCCCACGCCUUGGAAAGGUCAGGGUGUGUCAGAGGGACAAGGAGCUGCUGGUAACUGAAUCACCAUGAUGAAAGUCUUCUGACCUGUUAAAAACUUGUGGUAAGUUUUGGUCUUGAAGGAAACCUCCAGAAAUGCUCCUCUUUAACGUUACAUGCACUCUGAACAGUUUGGAAUUGUUCUCUCCCAUGGGCAUUUUUACAUUGGCUUCUCUCUCCGUGCUGUGGGACAUCAUCAGGUCUGUUGAGCUUCCCAUUAACAGACUCCUCUCAAACAAUAUCUUCCCUCCCAUAGACAUCCUGCUCUAUCCAAAACAUUUUCCCAUUUAAAUCCUUCCAUAUCUGUCCUUUAAUCCCCUUUGUCCUUCAGCUCCCCAGACUCUGGCCAAGGGCAGCAGUUCUUGGUCACUGAACCUGGAGGUGGCCGUGGAGCAGCUCUACCACGUUCCUGAGCA